AUUCAGCAUGCAGAACGAGAAUUUGGCGGCGAGACUGGCAAUCACUUGAUAAGCUUCUCUGGGAUUGCAAUAAUUCAUGAAUGAAUGGUCAAAUGUUUUCAUUCACAGCGACCGGAAAUGUGUCCCAUGAACGGCAGCUCAAGACACUGGACCCCGCCCAACCACCGAUAAUUAGACAUUCUACGGUCGGCGCUACGUUCACACAAGCUUUCCCGAAGUCCGUGUGUGUUUCAUCUCUCGCUUUGCUCCCGUUGAAUGGAGCACAUCGGCGGUUUCCAUGACUACCGAAACCAACGCAGUUUGAUUCGUAAGCGCCAUCACAGUACACUAUGGCGGACGGCGUUAUCCAGGCACUCUAUGGGCGCCUCGAUGAUGUCGUUGCUAGUGGCAAGUUCCGGGAUGAAUUAUCGUCAGCCCGGAAUUUGACGAGGCUCGAUGAACUGCGUCUGACCAUCCAGGCGUAUGAACUUGCUCUGUCACAUGCAAAAUCAGAGUAUGAUGAAUUGUUGUUGGCAAGGCGUUGCGAACUGGCCUUAACAAUGCCUGUUUCUCGCCUGCCAGAUGAAGUACUAGCAACGAUCAUGGAAGAAGCCUUUGGGGGCAUGUUCAUGACUAGCGCAGGCCGCAAGUGUCUGGCAAUAAUUGUGGGAGUAUGUCGCCGAUGGUACAAUAUCGCCGUUAAUAUCCCGCGAUUCUGGCGGGGUAUUGAGUUUGUAGACUCGAACCCAGCAGCCAAUGUGCGUUCACUAGAACGUGCACGCGCGUACUUGAUACGGUCCAAGAUGGCUCCAAUACACGUUCGUUUCAUUGGUCUAAAUAAGGAAUUAUCUACACAAGGAUUCGAAUUCAUACAUGCCAUUCGUGAGCAGUUAGGGCGUAUCGAACAGCUCGAGUUCCAUUCGGUGAACGACGCGCAAGUUGGCCAAAUGUUCCCCUUGAACUCUUCUCUCCCACGACUCCGUAGGCUGGAUAUAUCCUUUGGGCUGGAGGACAGGAAAUUUUCUAAGGAUUUCGAAAACUGGGAUGUCGACAUCAUGUCUGUCCCUAUCAUGUUUCCUGACUUCUCUGCUUCGACGAUUCAGUCGCUUGCCGUUCGCCUCAGCGCGAAAUUUGGCGUUGGCUUACGCGGAAUUGACGCAUCCAACCUCGCUUCAGUGGAGCUCCAUGGGAACCCGGACCAAACCGAUCUCUUUCGUUUUCUCGGCCAUUGUAGCAACCUUGAAACCCUGGUCCUUGUUACGUACGGCGAACGCGAAGGAUACGAUCCAGUGCCCUCGAUUCGGCUCCCUCGUCUUACAUCAUAUAGAGCAUCAGGAAGUGCCGCCGUUUGGUUUUCCCGAUAUGUUUUUCAUGCCCCAAACAUGAAGAAUGUGGAAUUUCACGUGGGUAAGCUUGAUGAUGAAAUCGAAUCAUUCUUGGAUGUGUGCGACGGUCCGGGUCUGGUACCCUGGAAGUACCUCGACACUUUCGCCCUGAACACUGACGAUGACGAUGACCGCUUCGAUGCAACCAUCGGAGAGUUCCUAUUGUGUCACCCGCGCCUUACCAAAGUAUGCUUGCCCAUCGGAGUUAAUCUAUGCGAUAUCCUCAAGUUAAUUACACCCCCGGCUUCGGCGUCGUUUGGGGGUCCCCAACUCCGUGUGCUUCAGCUAGUUGACGCCCCUGACCUCCGUGACUAUCCUUUUCCUCCUAUGGAUCCCAUCACGCCAGUAAUCCAUGCGCUUUUGGACCGUCUUCCGGAGCUCCAAAUCGAGACGACGGAUAACUCCACGGAAAGGAAAGAGAAAUUUGUAGGGUUGGGGACGUUGUACCCUGGCAGAGUGAUCGAGGUACAAUCAUCUGGUUUUGUCGCGUGGAAAAGCUUGUAUUAUUCUGAUCACGCCUGACUCUAAAGACACUCACAUUGAUCCUGAAUCCUGAACCCUAAUAAUUCCGCCCCUUUGUAAAUUCUGUAGUGAAUAUCAACACCUAACUAGCCGGCCAAGCCAACCAAUUAGACACACAAAUGACCAGCACUCCAUCAUCGACCCCAUUCGAACCUCAUGCUCCAUCACUGGCUGAACGACUGCGAGCCGGAUGCGCGUGCAAAGGCGAUAGGCAUGAAUAUGGAUGCACCCUAAUCGACAUGAUGUUACGAGGAAAUCAGGUGUGAUGUUACGGCGAUAGCGUAGAGUGGAAGGCGCUAUAUACAUUGAGUAGACAAAACCCUAAAAUUAUGACAAGAAC